AUGGCGUCCUCUAGAGCUGCACCGCCCAAGGGCCUUCCCUCGGACUUUGAGUGGGGGUUUGCCACGGCCGCCUAUCAGAUUGAAGGCGGUGCCAACGAAGGCGGCAAGGGCCCUUCCAUCUGGGACGUCUUCACCCACCUGGAACCAUCCCGUACUCAUGGGGCCACCGGCGAUGUUGCCUGUGACCAUUACCACCGAUACGAGGAGGAUUUCGACCUUCUCGUCAAGUACGGCGCCAAGGCAUACCGCUUCUCCUUGGCAUGGUCGCGCAUCAUUCCGUUCGGCGGACGAAAUGACCCAGUCAACGAGGACGGUGUUGCCUUUUACAACAAACUCAUCGACGCCCUGCUUGCUAGGGGUAUCACGCCUUGGGUUACUCUCUACCACUGGGACCUGCCGCAGGGACUCCAAGACCGAUAUGGCGGUUGGCUGAAUAUCGAGGAGUCUCAAAAGGACUUUGAGCGGUACGCGGGCGUGUGCUACGAGCGCUUUGGCGAUCGUGUGAAGAACUGGAUCACGGUGAACGAGCCGUGGGUCGUUUCCAUUCAUGGAUUCUCGCAUGGCAACGACGCUCCUGGACGAAGCACCACUAACAAAGCCUGUACCGAGGGCGACUCGACAACCGAGCCUUGGAUCGUUGGGCACUCCCUCAUCCUAGCGCACGCCGCAGCGGCGAGACUGUACAACAAAGAAUUCAAGCCGAAGCAAGGAGGCCAAAUCGGUAUAUCUAUCAGUGGCGACUAUUUUGAGCCUUGGGAUCCCGAGGAUCCUAAAGACCAUGAAGCGGCUGAGAGGAGGAUGCAGUUUUGGCACGGCUGGUUUGCCAGCCCCAUGUUGCUUGCACAGGAUUAUCCAAACGUCAUGCGAGAGCAGCUCGGAACCCGCCUACCCGCCUUCACUGAGGCCGAUUUCGACCUGUUGCGCGAGGCUGAGCUCGACUUCUACGCCAUGAACUACUAUACUUCCCAAUUCGCGCGACACCGUACUACUCCGCCGCCUGCUGAGGACUACAAAGGGAACGUGGACGACUGCCCAGAGAACAAGGCCGGUGUCCCCAUCGGCGACCUGAGCGGCAUAUUCUGGCUGCGCUCUGCGCCCCAACGGUUCCGAAAACACCUCAGCAGGACAUACAACAUGUAUGGGAAGCCUAUUUACGUCACCGAAAACGGCUGCCCCUGUCCUGGCGAGGAUAAGAUGACCAAGGCAGAGUCUGUGAAGGACGAGUUUCGUCAGCGAUACUUUGCUGACCACUUUGAUGCCAUUGUGGGGGCGAUAGAGGAUGGCGUAGAGGUGAAGGGCUAUUUUGCCUGGUCGUUGAUGGACAACUUGGAAUGGUCCGAGGGGUACGGUCCCAGAUUCGGCGUGACAUAUACGGACUAUGAUACACUUGAGAGGACACCCAAGGAGUCAGCCUUGAUGCUUCGAGGAAUGAUCGAGGAGAGGACGAAGGCCUAG